CAGUGGGAGCUGUCCAAGGUGCCAUCGCUGGAUGGAACCAUUCCCAGCUCUUCCCUCUGACCAGUCCUCACCCUUUGUCCUUUCCCUUCUGCUGCAGGGGAUCCGAGUGCCCACCCUUGGCUCCUUCGAUGUGGUCCACACAGAGAUCCCCGUGGGGGACAGGACUGUGACUCUCCAGAGGCCAGUGUUCUACCUGGCCAGGAACCUCGGGGGAGUCUCCAAUCUCAUGGACAACAACGUUGACCUGACUGGGGAUAAACCGCUGGAGCCUCUGAAACACGCCGAGGUGGCCGCGGAGGCCUCUGUGUCCCGCAGGAAAGCAGAGAGCUGCAUCCUGGGCACCACCUCCCUCCUGUACCACUGCCUGGCCAAGGGCGUGAGCGCUGCCUUCGUGCUCAGGGACGUGGGUGUGCUCCUCAUCGAGGGCAGGAGGGCACACAUGAGGUUCUACCCUGACUUCCUGGAGAAGAUGAUUGGGAAGAAGAUCCAGGACAGGGCUACCCUCAAGGUUCUCCAGCAGCUGGACCUGGUGGUGUCCCGGGAGGUGCCCGUUGCUUCCCUGGCGUUCUCGAGCCGCGUCCUCGUCUUUCCCGAGUUUGAACCAGCGGGUCUGCCCCUGUCACUGCUCAGGGAUCUCAGGACCUGGAGACACGGCCCUGGUGGGGACAGAGGGAGGCAAACAGAGACUUUGCCACCUGUCGGGCGAGGCACGGAAGGGAGGUUUCCUGGCCUGGCUGUGCCCGCUGGCUCCACCACUAAGGCAGACAAGCAGCCCUGGCACGAGGGGGAGAUGGAGAUGAAGGACAGCUCUGGGGUCAGGAAGCUGCCAGAGAUCCCAGGGGCUGCUGCUGCUGGAAAAAAGCAAUCUGGGACUGACCAAGCCAAGGGCAAACCUGCCCCCAAGGGCCAAGGGUCAAAGCAGAGCCACGGAGAGGCAACAACCACUCAGAGGGGCAGGGCAGGAGGAGAAGGAGAAGCAAAAGAUCCUCUCAGAAAAGAAGGAGAAAAGAAAGUUCGCCUUGGAAUAGGAGCAUCAAAAGAUUCCCUUGGAAGAGAAGGAGAAAAGAAAAUUCAUCUUGGAAGAGGAACAUCAAAAGAUUCCCUUGGAAAAGAAGGAGAAAAGAAAGCCUGGGAGCCUGAGGGUUCCACCUCUGGGGUCUCCAUCGUGCUGUCCCCAGGCCCUGAGGCAGCACAGGGACUCAGACCACGGCCCGAGGCCUUCUGGUCGGUGCUGAAGGAGCCCCAGAAGAGCAUUUUGGCGGGAUACAGGUUCGAACCCUCCUUGUUUGUGCCCCCCCUGCACCCAGAGGGGCCCCCAGCUCUGAGGUCCCCCGUGCUGAAGAAGACAGAGGUGGUGGCCAGGGGGCUGUGGCCGUGGAUGGAGUGA